ACAAAAAGUUUAGUGAAUUUACUGAACUUGUCGUUGAUUUGGAUUUCCAAUUUGCUAUGUGGGUUAAAAAGAAGUUCGGCUCUCAGGUUCCAAUCAUAGCAGCGCCAAAUAUACAAUUUACAGCGGCAUCACAAUUUGGUCUUGUACCUAAGCUAUACAAGAUAGAACGUUGA